AUGGCGGCCCCGGUAUCUCCAGUAGGGAAGCGGCUGAGGCUUCUGUUUGACGAAAGCUCCGCCGGACGGCAGGGAGUCCCGGGAGAGCCGUCUGUCCCGCUGGGGAAGCGGGCCUGGGAGGGCGGAACCGUGCGGGGCCUGAAGGGAGCGGCGCCCGAGGAGCUGGCGGUAUAUGUGGAAUUUGACCAGAAAAGUUCUAGGAGACCUUCAUGGGUACAAGUUCAUGGAGCAGAUGUCUUGGUAAUCUUACUGGAAGGACCACUAGUUUGGUCACCAAGGAAGGAACCUAUAAUUAUCCAAGGGAGCCGUGUUUGCCCCACUCAUUGGCCUGCUUUGACAUUCACAACUUUGGUGGAUAAAUUAGGACUGGGAACACUGGUCCCUAUAGAGUUUCUCCUAGAAGAAAUACUGCAUUUUCUUCCAGAUGCCAGUACACUUCGUCUUUAUCAGCAGAUGGGAGUAGACAGCCACAAACUGGUUUUGAAAGAACAGCCUCUAUUGAAGGAUGCUGUAACUGAUGUAAUCAAUUCAAGAAAAGUCCAGGAGAUCAUUUUACGAGGAAUUUGCAGUAUUCAAGGUCAGGAGGUUAAAGUGUUCAGGCCAGAUGAAGAUGAAGAUUGGGUUUAUGGGCUUGUGACCCAUCAAGAUCCCAUUAGCCGUAUAAUAAAUGUAACAAUGAGUGAAGGAGGUGAGACUGUGAUGAUUGAUCCAAAAUUAGUACACGUGGUGCUAGUUACGACGACUCCGUCUUAGAACCUGAGGAUACACUCAUAAAAGUAACAAAAGCAUCAAAAUCUAAGAAGAAAAAAGAAACUGCAGAUGGGAGGGAUGGCCGACGAAGAAAAAACCCUGACACAGAAGGUGAUUUCUCUGCAAAGAAGCAAAAAGCUGAGAAGAAAGAUUCAGAUAGCACUGGUGGGGAUUCUAAUGAGGUCAGUCAAGGAACCUGGAAAGGAAGCAGCAUCACAGAUCCCACAGCAGAGUCCAGAUCAAAACAACUAUUGCACUUUGUUCCACAAAUGAAUCCUAAUAUUCGUUUUGCAACUUACACCAAAGAGAAUGGCCGCACUUUAGUUGUGCAAGAUCAGCCUGUUGCCGAUGGGACUACUUUUCCAUCAUUUAGUGUCAUAGCAAGUCAAACUUCAUUGAGGUCUGAAUCGGUGAGAUCUGGGAGCAAAGUUGACAAUGUUGAAAGCACAACUGAGACAGCAGCUUCUGCAGGAGUAACUCCAACCACAGUACGGAUUUCUGACGUUGUUCUUUCCAAUGUGACAGCAGAAGAAAAUAACAAGUCUGGCUGGGCCAUUGGAGAGAGUUUCAAAAAGCCAGUGCCAGUAAGUAGUGGCUUUGGGAUGUCGGUCCACCCGUUAACAUUUGGAGAGGGUCGAAAUCCAGCGAAUGGUACAGUACAAGGUACCAGUUCAGUUGGAUUCCAAUUUGGGUCAAGUCUACAAGAAGAUUCAAAAGAUACAGACUUAUCUAAAAACCUGUUUUUUCAGUGUAUGUCCCAAAAUGUUCCACCCAGCAACUAUUUUACAGCUAUAUCAGAGAGUUCGGUAGAAGAGCCUUCAAACAAGGACCCAUUUAAACAAAGUAAGGAAGGUCUGUCUUCAACCCUUUUUAAGCCUAAACCUCUCAUUCCUUCAGAAACUAAACUAAAUUCAAAAUUGCCUUUUUCUGAUUCUAUGCCAAAACUUACUCCAGCAUUUCCUGGGAAAGUGCCCACUGCAAAGCCACCUGAGACGCAUGAAAAUCUCUUUCUGCAGCCUCCAAAGCUGUCCCGUGAGGAUCCAUCAAAUCCAUUUUUAGCCUUUUCAAAUACAAAAGAUGUUUCACCAUUUGGAUUUUCAAACCAGCCAGUUCAAAGUUCGUUAUCUGGUACACCUACAUCUCUACUGUGGCAAGAUAAGCAUAAAGCUGAUGACCCUGGAUCUUUAUUGAAAAAUAAACCUCUGUUUCUUUCAACUGAGCCUUUAAAAAUGUUGCCUAUUCCUUCUACGCCAUCAGUUAAUGAAUCUCUUCAAAGCUCUGCCUUUUUGGGAAAUGGGAGGUCAAAUUCUCCAGCAAAUAGCUUGAACCAGCCUAUUGAGAUGCCAACAUUGUCAUCAAGUCCAACUGAAGACAAACCCGCAAUAGCAUCUGGGCAGUUGGACAAUCCAUUGCUAAGAACUUUCACUGCUCUGUCAAGUAGACUACAGCCUGGUGUUGUUUCUUCCACUGAAUUCUCUCACGAUGGGAAAGCAGCUUUUGAGUCUGUUAAUAGAUUCACUCUAGAUGAACGAAGCAGAACAUCAAAGCAAGAUUCUGAUUCCAGCACUAAUAGUGACUUAAGUGACCUGAGCGAUUCAGAGGAGCAGUUGAGUUCUAGAGCUGGCUAUAAAGGGAUCCCAGAGCAUCUUGUUGGAAGGCUGGGACCUAAUGGAGAGCACAGUGUUGACUUACUUUUGGGAAAAGGAAGGGGAAAACAAGUGGCAAAGGGAAGGCCGAGAACUACUCCACUCAAAGUAGGGCAAUCGGUUUUGAAAGAUAUGAGUAAAGUAAGAAAGUUGAAGCAGUCAGGCGAACCUUUUCUUCAAGAUGGAUCUUGCAUCAAUGUUGCACCACAUUUGCACAAGUGUCGUGAGUGCAGAUUAGAGCGGUACCGGAAAUUUAAAGAACAAGAUCAAGAUGAUUCCACUGUGGCUUGUAGAUUCUUUCACUUCAGGAGGCUGGUUUUCACACGGAAAGGAAUUCUUCGUGUUGAAGGUUUUCUGAGUCCUCAGCAAAGUGAUUCUGAAGCAAUGCGGCUCUGGGUUCCCUCCUCAGUUCCUGCUGAAGGCAUUGACUUGGAGACCUCGAAAUAUAUCCUAGCUAAUGUUGGAGAUCAGUUUUGCCAGUUAGUCAUGUCAGAGAAAGAAGCCAUGAUGAUGGUGGAGCCGCAACAAAAAGUAGCCUGGAAACGAGCGGUCAGAGGUGUUAGGGAAAUGUGUGAUGUCUGUGAGACAACACUUUUCAACAUUCAUUGGGUGUGUCGCAAGUGUGGAUUUGGUGUCUGUCUUGAUUGCUAUAGACUGAGAAAGAACAGGCCUCGUAGAGAAGAUGAGGUGACUGAUGAAGAAGUAUUUUCCUGGUUGAAAUGUGCAAAAGGACAGCCUCAUGAACCUGAAAUCCUUAUGCCCACACAAAUUAUCCCUGGCACUGCUCUUUACAACAUUGGGGAUCUGGUCCAUGCUGCAAGGGGGAAAUGGGGUAUUAAAGCAAACUGUCCAUGUAUUAGCAGACACAACAAAACUGUUUUAAGACCGGCAGUCACUAAUGGCAUGUCCCAGCUUCCAAGUUUAAAUCCUUCAGCAUGUGAGGGCACUCUUCCAUCCACUCCCACAGAGUGUAUUGACAGCAUAAAAAUGGAGGAAGAUUUAAAACCAGAAACUGCUGACAUUGUUAUGGAGGACUCAAAGAUUGAACCAAAUAUUAAUCAGGGCAGUGCAGAGAAUAAAACCAACAAACAGCAGUGCCCAGAAACUACCCCCUUCAUCUGCCUUGCACUGGCUGGCUGACCUAGCAGCACAGAAAGCAAAAGAGGAGACAAAAGACCCCAGCUGUGUAAAGACAGUACCACCUAAAGAGUGUUCUGUGGGUUUGGACUCUCUUAAUUCCGGUGCGAAGAGUUCUUCUUCCCCCAAACUUUUCAACAGCCUUUUAUUAGGCCCAGCUGCCUCCAACACAAAGUCAGAAGGUUCCAGUUUAAGAGAUCUUCUCCACUCUGGGCCUGGAAAGUUAUCACAAGGGACAACAGAAGGAGGAGUACCAUUCCCACCUGUAUUUAAUUCUUCAGCAAAGGGGAAAUCUAGCUUGCCCAACUUUCUGGACCACAUUAUUGCUUCUGUCGUAGAGAACAAAAAGACGUCAGAUGCCAGCAAAAGAGCCAGUAGCUCAGCAGAAAGCCUGAAGGAGGGAAAGGAAAUGGUGAUGGGUCUAAACGUUCUGGAUCCACACACCUCACAUUCCUGGCUCUGUGAUGGGAGACUGCUCUGUCUUCAUGACCCUAGUAACAAAAAUAACUGGAAAAUCUUUAGGGAAUGUUGGAAACAAGGCCAGCCUGUGUUAGUUUCUGGGGUGCAGAAGAAACUUAAAUCUGAGUUAUGGAAGCCUGAAGCUUUUAGCCUGGAAUUUGGAGAUCAAGAUGUUGACCUGGUGAAUUGUCGAAACUGUGCCAUCAUUUCAGAUGUAAAAGUGCGAGAUUUUUGGGAUGGUUUUGAAGUUAUUGAAAAGAGAUUACGAGCAGAAGAUGGGACGCCUAUGGUUCUUAAACUGAAGGAUUGGCCACCAGGGGAGGACUUUAGGGACAUGAUGCCUACAAGAUUUGAAGAUCUGAUGGAGAACCUUCCUUUGCCUGAAUAUACAAAAAGAGAUGGGAGGCUUAAUUUGGCUUCUAGGUUGCCCAGCUAUUUUGUCCGACCAGAUCUUGGACCUAAAAUGUACAAUGCCUAUGGAUUAAUAACUGCUGAAGAUAGGAGGGUUGGUACAACAAACUUGCAUUUGGAUGUCUCUGAUGCAGUAAAUGUCAUGGUUUAUGUUGGCAUCCCAAAAGGUGAAAGUGCCCAUGAUGAAGAGGUGCUUAGGACCAUAGAGGAGGGAGAUGCUGAUGAAGUAACAAAAAAGCGUAUUCAUGAUGGAAAAGAAAAGCCUGGAGCUUUAUGGCAUAUUUAUGCUGCCAAAGAUGCAGAGAAAAUACGGGAACUGCUUAGAAAGUAUGGGGACGAACAGGGGCAAGAGAAUCCAUCAGAUCAUGACCCAAUACAUGAUCAGAGUUGGUAUUUAGAUCAGGCAUUGCGUAAGCGUCUCUAUGAUGAAUAUGGUGUACAAGGCUGGGCAAUUGUGCAAUUCCUUGGUGAUGCAGUCUUCAUUCCUGCUGGAGCCCCACAUCAGGUCCAUAAUUUGUACAGCUGUAUAAAAGUAGCUGAAGAUUUUGUGUCUCCAGAACAUGUGAAACAUUGCUUCCGCCUAACGCAGGAAUUUAGGCACCUGUCAAAUACCCACACCAACCAUGAGGACAAGCUACAGGUGAAAAAUAUUAUUUAUCAUGCAGUGAAAGAUGCUGUCGGAACAUUAAGAGCUCACGAAUCCAAGUUGGCUCGAUCAUAG